AUGGAGAGAAAGCCUCUCGAAGUUGAGUCCACCGAUCACCAGAAACCUUCCUCCGCCGUGUACGAUGGCUCUGUUACGGCGGUUGAUUCUGUUGAGGAGACUAAAGUCGUUUAUAGAGGCUGGAAAGUCAUGCCUUUCAUCAUUGGAAAUGAGACAUUUGAGAAGCUUGGGAUCAUUGGAACACUAUCAAACCUUCUGGUUUACUUAACCGCUGUCUUCAACAUGAAGAGUAUCACAGCUGCAACAAUCAUCAACGCCUUUAGUGGAACAAUCAACUUCGGAACCUUCGUUGCUGCUUUCCUCUGCGACACUUACUUUGGUCGUUACAAGACACUAACCGUCGCGGUCAUCGCAUGUUUUCUUGGAUCAUUUGUGAUACUAUUAACUGCUGCAGUACCACAACUACAUCCAGCUCCAUGUGGAACAGCCCUCACAUGUACAGGACCAAGUGGUGGCCAGAUAGCCUUUCUACUAAUGGGUCUUGGCUUUCUUGUAGUGGGAGCAGGUGGGAUCAGACCAUGUAAUCUUGCUUUUGGUGCUGAUCAGUUUAACCCCAAGAGUGAGUCAGGGAAGAGAGGGAUUGAUAGUUUCUUCAACUGGUACUUCUUCACCUUCACGUUCGCGCAGAUCUUGUCAUUGACACUAGUUGUCUACAUCCAAUCUAAUGUUAGUUGGACCAUUGGUUUAACCAUCCCGGUCGUGUUAAUGUUCUUGGCCUGUGUGAUCUUCUUUGCGGGUGAUAAGUUGUAUGUCAAGAUCAAAGCCUCAGGUAGUCCAUUGGCUGGUAUAGCUCAGGUUAUAACGGUUGCUAUCAAGAAACGUGGUUUAAAGCAUGUGAAGCAGCCUUGGCUUAACCUUUACAACUACUACCCAACAAACUAUGCAAACUCUAAGCUCAAGUACACCGACCAGUUCAGGUUUCUUGAUAAGGCAGCAAUCUUGGCUCCAGAAGACAAGUUGGAAGUUGAUGGUAAGCCAACUGAUCCAUGGGAGCUAUGUACAAUGCAACAAGUUGAAGAAGUGAAGUGCAUUGUGAGAGUGCUUCCUAUAUGGUUUGCUUCAUCUAUCUACUACUUGACCAUCACGCAACAAAUGACUUAUCCUGUCUUCCAAGCCCUCCAGAGCGAUCGUCGCUUAGGUUCAGGAGGAUUUGUGAUUCCUGCAGCCACCUAUGUGGUCUUCUUGAUGACAGGAAUGACUGUUUUCAUCAUAAUCUACGACCGUGUCCUCGUGCCUACCUUGAGAAGAAUCACCGGUGUAGACACUGGAAUCACUCUCUUACAGAGAAUAGGAACUGGUAUCUUCUUUGCAUUUUUGAGCUUGAUAGUGUCUGGUUUUGUUGAGGAAAGGAGGAGAACCUUUGCUCUGACUAAACCAACACUCGGUAUGGCGCCAAGGAAGGGAGAAAUCUCAUCAAUGUCAGCUAUGUGGCUUAUACCGCAGCUCACAUUGGCUGGUAUAGCUGAGGCGUUUGGAGCCAUUGGACAGAUGGAGUUUUACUACAAGCAGUUCCCUGAGAACAUGAGGAGUUUCGCUGGUUCAAUCUUCUAUGUCGGAGGAGGAGUUUCGAGUUAUCUUGGUAGCUUCUUGAUUGCAACGGUUCACAGGACGACGCAGAACUCUGCUGGUGCUGAGGCGUUUGGAGCCAUUGGACAGAUGGAGUUUUACUACAAGCAGUUCCCUGAGAACAUGAGGAGUUUCGCUGGUUCAAUCUUCUAUGUCGGAGGAGGAGUUUCGAGUUAUCUUGGUAGCUUCUUGAUUGCAACGGUUCACAGGACGACGCAGAACUCUGCUGGUGGUAAUUGGUUAGCUGAAGAUUUGAACAAAGGAAGAUUGGAUAAAUUUUACUUCAUGAUCGCUGGAAUCUUGGCUGUUAAUUUUGCCUAUUUCUUGGUGAUGUCAAGAUGGUAUAGGUACAAAGGAAGUGAUGAUGAAGUGACUAGUUAUGAAACCAAUGGUGAUAUGAUCAAACAACAAGACAAGGAUAAAGUCUAA